CUAAAUAGCCGCCCGGUCGCACACACAUCAAAAUACAAGCGAGGACACAUGUGACCAUCACAACGAUUAUAAUUUGUUUUCAACGAAAUGAUUCGUAAUGUUCAAAAAUUAAAAUCUUUAUUAAACAUUUUUCCAUUACAUGAUGAAAUAUCUUAUUGUUUUGCAUAUGGUUCGGCUGUAUUCGAUCAACAUGUACCAAAUGAAACAAACAUCAAUUCAUCGUCUUCAUCAUUAUUAUCAUCGAAAUCUCGAAUGGUUGAUUUAGUUUUAGCUGUUGAUGAUCCAAUCAGAUGGCAUCGUGCAAAUAUGUCAAAAAAUUGGUCACAUUAUUCUGGACUUCGUUAUCUUGGUCCAAAAAACAUUUCGAAUAUACAGAGAAAAUUUGGAGCAAAAGUAUAUUAUAAUACAUUAAUACCAAUCGAAACAGAUUUAUGUAUUAAAUAUGGUAUAAUUUCUACAGAAGAUUUUCUUAACGAUCUUUUAGAUUGGGAUACACUUUAUCUAAGCGGUCGUCUACAUAAACCAAUCUUGACACUUCAUGAAAAUAUCAAACCAAAUGAUGAACAAGAUUUUUCCGUUCGCAAUCUUAACAAUGCUAUUGAACUUAAUCGUCAAAGUGCAUUACAUGCUGCCUUACUUUUGUUACCGGAAAAAUUUACCGAAAAACAGCUUUAUAUGACUAUUGCCAAUUUAAGUUAUUCGGGUGAUUUUCGUAUGUGGUUCGGUGAAGAUCGUUCUAAAGUUGAAAAAAUUGUAUGGCCACAAAUUAAUAGAUUUCGUUUUGUUUAUCAACCGAUAAUUCAAAGUGAUCGAUUUAAACAUCUAAUACGAUGGUCAGAAAAUCAAUCCGACGAAGAUAUUGAUUGGAAAUUUGAACAAAAUUAUUCAAACAAUUCCAUUCAAUGGCAUCUGAAUUUAUUACCGAAAACUGUUCAAUUAUAUAUUGGCCAAAAAUGGUUAGCCGAAAAUACAUUACGAAAAUAUACAAGAAAUCGAUGGAAAGCACGAAAAAUUGUACAUCAAUUCGAUAUGGAAGAUUUAAUGCAUUCGGUUGCAUCCGAUCUUGAAUAUCGUCGUUAUCUACAACGUGCAAUACAAUGGAUUGUUUUCAAAUCAUCCGCAACACAAACUAUCAAAGGUUUUUUCACUGCUGGUCCGACAAAAUCAUUCGUUUAUUCAUGGGAAAAAAUUCUGAAAAUGUUUAAAAGUUUACGUUCAUCAUAAUCUUCUAGUCUAUUGUAAAUUAUUGAAUAAUUUUUUUUUUUUGAUUAUAGAUUGAUUUUAUUUUCUAAUGUAAUUAAUAAAAGAUACAAUUCCAAUUGUAAUCC